GGAAGGCGUUUCUUUUCAUUGGUUGCUGUCAUUUGUAAAAUCCUGAAUUCCUGAUGAAACUCGUGUGAUCUUUGCUUAAGUUUGCUUGAGUUAUAUCUCUGGUUAUAUAUCUCUUAUCUUAUUUCCUACUUGGGUUUCGUCAUUUUAUACGUUUUGUGCAUGUGUUUUUUUGAUUGAAAAUUGUGAGGACAAAAUGGCAUUCACUGCUUUACCGGUGGCAUUUAGAUUCGGUAGAUUGACAAUUGAUAAUGUGUAUCAAAUUGGCAAAAGCGCAGCCUUUAGUUCAUCCAGACCUUUCUUUGCAUCUUCUGUUCAUCGACAAGCUACAAGAACAGAAGAGCAAAAAUCGGGAGAAGCACCACCACCUAGUUCAGAACUUAGUGAAAAUGAAAAAAAAUUAACAUCAGAACUCGAGCUUCUAAACAAGGAAUUGGCAGAGCUCAAGGAACAAAAUGCAAACUUGAAUGACAAAUACAGGAGAGCACUUGCAGAUGGCGAAAAUCUGCGAGUGCGACUGAUGAAGCAAAUUGAAGACGCCAAGCUCUUUGGAAUUCAAGGAUUUUGUAAAGACUUAUUGGAUGUUGCUGAUAUUCUUGGUAAAGCGACAGAAAGCGUACCGAAAGACCAGUUAACAGAGAAGAAUCCACAUUUGAAAAGUUUAUAUGAAGGUCUGAUUAUGACCGAAGCACAAUUACAUAAGGUCUUUAAGAAGCACGGUCUUCAAUCCUUGAAUCCACUCGACGAGAAAUUUGAUCCAAAUCAGCAUGAAGCUUUAUUCCAACAAGAAGUUGAGGGCAAGAAGCCAGGAACGGUGGUUGUAGUUUCUAAAGUUGGUUACAAACUGCACGAAAGAAUAGUGAGGCCAGCUUUGGUCGGUGUCGCCAAAGGAUAAUGAGCUGCAAUUAAUCUGUUGGGAGCACAAUAUUUACUAGAUGGAAGCAUAUUUUGUUAUCAACUGGAUCAGGGCCCUGGAAUUAUAAAAUGAAAAUCAAUUAUGCAUUAAUUGGAUCGUUUACGAAAUUCACAAGGGAUUUCUGAUCUCGUGUAAAGUUAUAUAAAAUUACAAUUUAAAUAUUAAACUUAAAGAUGUAAGUUAUUCCAUUGUUAUAAUAAUACCGACCUAUUUGCAUUCCUA